AUUUCCGUAAAAGAAAGUUUUCUUGCUUGGCCUUAGCAUCCGGAUCUUUCUUUUUACUUCGAGAUCGCCUAGAGGAAGGUUGUGCAUUAUCCACGCUAACGGGGUUAUCAACUUUUUGGUUAUACAGAUUAUAUUUGUACCUAUAACCUACAACCUAAUACAGCAACGAUAGUAUUAACAGCGAAUAAAAAAGUAUAUAAAUUGGCGAAAACUAAAUUGGAGGAUUCUAUUGUCGAAAGGAUUUUUCUGCAUGGUGCCACUUCCGGACAUCGGAAUUGGCACUUAAUAAUUAGUCCAAUCCAAUAGGGCAUUAACCUUUGCCUGUCGCUUUGAUGCGCGCAUGCUAAUGCAGCGACUAGGCUAAGGGAGGGGUACGCCAGACGAAGGCGUGCCAGAGGUAAGAUCGGCUUUCCGAUCAGGCCACUGGAACGGCGAGAAGAACCGUCUCUGCAGUUUCGUGGGUCAUAUCGUCUAUGACGGACGUCGCCUAAUAACGGAGUGCGAGUGAUUUUUUUGUGUUGUCUUCGGUGAAACCUGUGCCUGGGCAAUUGGCAAAGCCCCGUUGUGUUGGUUGGAGGCCCGUGGGAAAGAAAAAGGCAUAAAUUAGCCUACCCCAACCUUUAAAGGCAACAUUAUAUAUAUAUCCACAUAUAUAUUUAUAUAUGUGUCCAGCGCAAAAAUGAACUUCUCUAGUGCGCUUAUUAUUCUUUAAUUUUUUUUUCCCCUGUGUUAAAUCCAAAUUUAAAUGUACAUAUGUGUAACCACGCGAGCAAAGCAACUCGGCAUGGCGUGAUGAAGUGGGAAAGAAUAUACCUAAGUGAAAACAAAAAAAAAUAAUACACAAAGCAAAAUUCGUUAGCUACAAAUGUGUAUGUGCAUGGCGACAAUUUUUUUUCUGGUUUGUUUAAAAAAAAACACGUUAAAGCCCACCCAGUAAAUAUCGAACAUAAACUUUAGUACAAAAAAAUUAUGCAUGCAAGCAGCGGUGAGCCCACACAGCGCGUCCCCCCCGAAAGAUCUUUCGACGUUGGACAAAAACUGUAAGUACAGCCGUUUUAAUUUUUAUUUUUCAUACUUACUUGCGUGCAUGCGUACGGAAGUGAUCAGCUGUUCAAUUGGAACACAGGCUUGCCUGCUAGGCAUAAAAACAAACUUAACGCCUUUAUGCCAAGUCUUGGCUUUUGUUUCAUAAUUCUCCUAUUAUCGGCACGCACAUAAACAUCCCAAAAGGGGAAAAUGCAUGAAUUUAUAUAAUUCAAAUAUUUGUUUAUAUUUUCUUACCCUAAUUUCUUUAAUAUUUGAAUAUAAAUAACCAUUUCUUCCAGCCACGCCAAUUGCUCUACUCACUUUGCUAUACCUACUUAUAUAUAUAUUUUUUUACUACUAGAUAUUUAAUUAGAAAUGUUCAUAGGCUUGAUUUCGUCGUAAAGGUUAAGGCGAAAGACUUGAAAACUAGUUUUAACUUGCCGUUGGAUAAAGUUAGGUUAUAUAUGGAACUUCGAAAAGACAAGGUGUUCAAUGAAUUUAGUUUUUAAUAAAAACAUUAUAAUGAUUGCUUAAAUUUUCCGGUCUUAUGAUUUCCGCUAGCCGCAGCAUGUAGAGGUUUGAAGGGGUCAUUCGCAUAAUUGUUUUAGGAUAUGAAUGACCAAGGAUGGGUGGGCCAAUACUUCCUCAACGUCAACAGAGGAAUACCAAAGCACGCUUUGUUUUUAAAUAAUAAGCUAAUUAAAAGGCCGUAAGAUAUGAGAGUCAUCGAACACCACCCAUUAGCCGACGAGCCCGAGCCGGAACAUACUAGCGUGCGCUCUCAAUCUUACACCCACCACCUCGCCUACACUAAUGGGCUAUUGUCUAUACCCGUUACAAAGGAUCUGCUGAAACCAAAACAAGAGCAGGAACAGGAGCCGGAUACGGACAUUCAUUAUGAACAGCUUGAGGUGCUGGAGGAAGAUCUCUGGUCGAAUGAUGAUCUAGUGGUAGAGGUGGCAACUACUGAAGCUGCACCACCUCCUCCCCCUCUACCACCGUCUGAAACAAUCGUCGCAAUGACUGAAGCAACUAAGGCAACUGAGGCAUCCUCGGGCAAGCACAUCUGUAAUAUAUGCGGCAAUAUCUACCCACGGAAGAGCACUUUAGACGCCCAUAUGCGACGACAUCGCAACGAACGCCCCUACGAAUGCGAAAUUUGCCAUACAAGUUUUCAUGUAAACUAUCAGUUGAUGCGCCACAUACGCCAUCAUACUGGAGCUCGUCCAUAUAGCUGUCAGUAUUGUCAGCGCAGUUUUACAGAUCGCACGGCGCAGGUAAAACACGAGCGCAUCCAUCGCAACGAGCGUCCUUAUGCCUGCAAGACUUGUGGGAAAACCUUCACCUACGCCAGUGUUCUAAAGGUUCACUAUAAGACGCACACAGGUGAAAAGCCGCACGGAUGUCAACUGUGUGAUAAGCGUUUCGCCCGAACACACAACCUUCUGGCCCAUUUGCAGACCCAGCUCCAUCACAAUGAUCCAAGAACAGCAGGCUAUAUACAGGCCCUCAAAGCUGGCGCUACUGCCAGAUAGCCAAUAAGCGGCUUUCUUUUAUUAAAAGAUCGGUUGCAAUAUUAAAUGUGCUUUUUGUUGUGCAAUUAAGCUAAAAAAAAUCAAUCCAUUCAAAAAACAAAUCAGUGUUUUUGAUUUGAUUAUAUACAUACAUCGGUAGA